CAGCAAUGUUACGCAAGUCGCGUCUGAAGUGUCACAUUACUUACUUCACCUUAUCGGAAUUAGAGCGAAAUGAAUUUUCAAUUGAAGUGUGCAGUUUAUAACUUAAUUUUCGAAAUUUAACAUAGAAAUGGAUCUUGCUACCUUGGAAUUAAUUGUAUUUUGUGUGAUUACCUUCCAUACAGGUGUCACAUCGAGAAUUAUAUUUAUUGAUAGUUGCAAAACAACACUAACGUUUACAAACCAUGACUCAUCUUUAACAUUAGCCUACGAUGGAGGUUUUCUAACCGAUUCAUUUGGCCAGCCGUGUGAAGCUUUCGUUGAAACAAAACAUGUUGCAUACACGACUGUCAACAUAUGUGUAAAGUUAAAUUCAGGAUACGGCACGUGUAGAAAUUUUUUCAGAUUUCGCUAUGCAGAGGAUCUCGUAAACCAUCACUACUACUGUGAAAAAAUUCAAUAUCAAGCUGUUUGUCAAAAGUCUGAUGCAUUGUUUAUUGAAUUUCAACCUUGGAGCAAAACAGAAUAUUCAGAAAACAUAACAAUAGGUGUAUAUGAAGAAGAAUAUGGUGAAAAAAGUGGCGCGAUUGUGUAUACUGGCGUUAUUAUUGGUUGUGUUGUUAUCGGGAUUGUUGUUGCAGUCGCCGCUGCUCGGCAGUACUUCAGUUCCCGGGAUGACAGGAGACAAACUGUUAACCAACCACAACCACAGCUGACACGUUACAACUCGCGAGAUGAUUCACAAGGACACCAGCGUCCUGAUAAUUCUGCUGAGCCGCCACAAUAUACCGACGUUAUGGUUGCCGAAAAUCGAGAAAACAACGUCAGAAUUACACAUAAUAGGGAUAUUUUAGAAAAUGAGUCUCAAAACCGUCAAUGUUUGCAAGAAGACACUUUAAAUCCAUCUGCAUCACCAUUACCCGGUGACAUUGUUCCCGAGGAACCUCUGCCUCUUCCUGAUGACACCAUUCCAGAGGAACCUCCGCCGCCAUAUCCAGGGUAUUAGAUCAAAGUACACAAUGUAUGGGUUCCAAAUUCACAAAGUAUUCCAUCAACAGUUGUUUGGACAGUAGCCAAUUAGUACCGUUUGGAGGAUGUGACACUAUAACCAGUAAAACCUCCUGUUUGUAACCAAUGAAACAUUGCGUUUUAACUUGACACACAUCUCAUGUUUAUAACCAAUAAAACCUCAAGUUCAUAGGCUUUAAAACUUUGAGUUAAACAAAGACUAGUUGCAAACCAUAAACCGACAGUUAUUACUUUUCAUAUGAGGCUAAACGAUAGUAACUGUAUUAAAAUAAAAGAAAAGAUAUUGAAAAUACUAUCCCUGCUCUAUGCACUCCUACUAAAGAUAUUGAAAAUACUAUCCCUGCUCUAUGCACUCCUACUAAUGCAUAAAGCCCUUGCUCAGUUGAAAACAAGAUGGUAAUAAAUUAUUAUAUGGCUACAAUGGGUGCGGAUAGGCACAUUUGAACGGUAAAUUCAGGGCAGCCCGGAUAACCUGGGAUGGGUUGUAUAGAUUUAUGUGUUAUAUUGAAAGUGGUGAUUGUCUAACAAUGUAAUUAUGCGUAACAUUUAUUUGGACAGUUGUUAUACAUCUGUCUUCAACAUAAAAAUCAAACACUGUUGAAACUUUUAAUUAUAUAGUUUCUGCAUAUUUAUUUUGGUAUCUCUCAACGUAAGAUCUUCUGAAACAUUGAAUGUGAUGUAAGGCCUGUAAGGGAAUGCCCCCCACCCCCUUUACAAAUUACAUAAACACUGCCGUGAAAUCAUGUGACAAUCCACUCUAAAAUACACGUAAAUAAAAUCUAUAAGCAGAAACUUACUUCUAUGGACUGUGAAUCGUAUCAUGUUAGUGUGUUGUAAGUUGAAGCCUUUUAACUGUGCCGAAAUUAACUAUUCCAGAACUGAAUUCUCCGUGAAUACUAACUAUGCAAUUUCAGUCUAAAUUCUCCUUUGAAGAGAGUACUUUUAAAGGUGAAUAACUCUUAAAGUAAAUAGUGUAAUCGAUAUUUCUAAGAUGAGCUAAUGUUCAAAUCAUUCUACAACAGACUGACAACAUGAUUUUAAGCAUAAACUGCCAGACGACGGAGCCACUUAGACAUUUUCUACAAGUGUGCCAAGCGUCCAUUUCGAUGUUUGUAAAAUGGCGGCGGAUCAACUUUGGAACUAUUUUUAUGUUCUCUGUUUAACAUAAAACUUUCAGGAAUUCAUAUUUAUGUAAAAAUAAUCAUAAGCCCGUUUAAAGCAUUUGUUAUAUUGAUGGUUUUCAUUGUUUUACAUACAAGGACUAUAUUAUGUUCGGCGUAGUAAAUUUCGUCUGCUAUUUUAGUACGCUAUUAAGGUUUAGCUCGAGCAUUUUAUCAUUUGCAUGAUUUUUAACUUGAUUUGUUUAAUAUGUUCAGGCUUUUCAUAAAAGCCCGCUGUAAAAUGUCAGAGUCUAUAUUUAUAUGUAAUUUUAGCAGCUCAAUGCAGUGUUUCUCUCUUGGACGGAUAACAUUACCCUGUUGAAAUCCCGUCUUAUGAUUGGAUAAUUUAGUCACGCGGUAUAGUCUAGAAGGUUAUAUAUACAGGUCCCCGUCUUUCAUUCGGGUAUCUUCUUCUCAACUGUAAAAACUUGAGAAUAACAACAACAAGGCUUAAACGGCUGUUAAAUCUUAUCUACUUUGGCACAUAACUGUCUUUCAGUUCAAGGUAUAACGAAUACUAGCUUACUAUCAUAAUUACUGUUGGAGAACAUUGUAUUUAUUUAUUAUGUAUAGCAAGUAACACAACAGCAUAGAAGAGAAAACUGAACCUUGUGGUAUGCCUUGUCUAAAUUACCACGUAAUGGCGAAACCAAGGAGGUGCAUUGGACUUCAUACACAUAUUCAUCUUUACGAAAAGUAUUCUGUUUACCGUAUUGCCAUUCAAAGAAUUUCCAUGUAACCGUUCCAUAACUUGAGAAGAAGAACCCAUUGCAUAGGCUCGGUCCGUCGUUGUACACUUUUAUACUAGAUGUUAUGUACACUUUUAUACUAGAUGUUAUGUAUAAAUUUGAUAGUUAUCACUAGAUGCACUCGCUCUGUUACUGUUUUUGAUGAUAUGAAUUGCACUGUAAACUGACUGAUAUGAUGAGCUUGCACACCAUGCAUAAUAUACAUGUAACUGACACAUGUCAAUUAUUAAAGUCGUUUGAAGAUUUA